CGGGACCGGGACUCACCUGCGGCUCCGCGGCGGCGGCGGCCCGAUCCCUCCGGCACCGCACCGGCACCCUACCGGCAGCUAGCCAUGGGGCGGCGGGGGGGCUGCCCGGCCCCGCUCUGCCUCCUCCUCCUCCUCCUCCUCCAGGCUGGUCACCGGCUGUGCGAGCGGGCAGCACCGUGCCGGCCCGGCUUUGCCGAAGAGACCUUCGCCUUCGCCGCGGAACCGGACGGCGUGGCGGCGGGACAGGUGCUGGGACACGUGAGUUUUGUGGACUGCGGCGAGCAGCGGCACACCACGUACCUCUCGGAUGACACGCGCUUCAAGGUGAGCGGGGACGGUGUCGUCUCUGCGACCCGGCCUCUGCAGCUCCGGCAGCGCGAGAUCAGCUUCUCCGUCCACGCCUGGGACGCCGCAGGCAAGAAGCAUUCGGCCAGGGUGACCCUGCGCAGGCAGCGGCACCGCCGCCGCCACCACCAGCAGGACACGCAGCCUGAUGUGCUGACCUUCCCCGAGCCCGGCCAUGGCCUCCGGCGGCAGAAGAGGGACUGGGUCAUCCCCCCCAUCAACUGCCCCGAGAACGAGCGGGGGCCCUUCCCCAAGCAGCUGGUGCAGAUCAAAUCCAACAAGGACAAGGAGACCAAGGUUUUCUACAGCAUCACGGGGCAGGGGGCGGACACCCCCCCCGUGGGUGUCUUCAUCAUUGAGCGGGAGACGGGGUGGCUGGAGGUGACGAAGCCGCUGGACCGGGAGAAGAUCGACAAAUACGUCCUCUUCUCCCACGCGGUGGCGGCCAACGGGCAGCCCGUGGAGGACCCCAUGGAGAUCAUCAUCACCGUGACGGACCAGAACGACAACCGGCCCGUCUUCACCAAGCAAGUCUUCAUUGGUUACAUUGAGGAAAACGCGAAACCAGGCACAUCCGUGAUGACCGUGAACGCCACGGAUGCAGACGAUGCGAUCAACGUGAACAACGGCAUCAUCGGCUACUCCAUCCUCAGUGAGGAGCCCAAGAGCGCGCAACGGAUGUUCACCAUCGACCCGCAGAAGGGUGUCAUCAGUGUCAUCGGCACAGGGCUGGACCGGGAGACCACUCCCAACUACACGCUGAUCAUCCAGGCUGCGGACCAGGAGGGCAGCGGCCUGACCAACACCGCCACCGCCAUCGUGGAAGUCACCGAUGCCAACGACAACCCUCCUGUCUUCGACCCCACCAUGUACGAGGGGACAGUGAACGAGAACGAGGUGGGGGUGGUGGUGGCCCGGCUGCACGUGACAGACCAGGACAUGCAGGGCUCCCCUGCCUGGCAAGCCGUCUACCCGCCAAGAGUGGGGGACCAGGAUGGCGACUUCAGCAUCACCACCGACCCCAAAACCAACGAUGGCAUUCUGAAAACUGCCAAGGGUCUGGAUUAUGAGACCAGGAGCCGGUACAACCUCGUGGUAACAGUGGAGAACGCUGUCCCCUUCACUGUCCCCCUGCCGCUCUCCACGGCCAGCGUCCUGGUGCUGGUUGGGGACAUGAACGAAGCGCCUGUCUUCGUGCCCCCCGUCAAGAGGGUGGAGGUGAUGGAGGACCUGCCGCUGGGGCACCAGAUCACCUCCUACACAGCCCAGGACCCGGACAGGGAUCAGAGGCAGAAAAUCACGGGCUUUGCCAUGUGGCAGUUCCCCAGCCUGGUGCCUAUCAACGGGGGCCAGCACCGGCUGCGCUUGGGGCACAGAGAGCCAAGGGGGGCCGGGAUCUGGCCCUCGACUCGGCAUCUCCCCACCACCCUACGCCAAGGGGUGGGUGGCCAAGCCAGACCAGGCAGCACCUUACCUUGUCCGGUCACCUUGACAGUCCCAUUGGCACUGGAGCCGUGCUCCAGCGCUGCCUGGAAAGGGGAUGUCGAAGAACCGGGCCUGGCCUUCGACAUCUGCAGCCGGCAGCCCGAGGAGCAGAUGCUGAACAUCGUCGACAAGGACCUGCCCCCCAACACCUACCCCUUCCAGGCAGCGCUGGAGCACGGCUCCAGUGCCAACUGGACUGUCAAGGUGACCGGACAAGACCUGCUGGUGCUGAGCCUGGUGAAGGAGCUGGAGCCGGGGGAGUACAGCAUCUUCCUGAGGCUGACGGACAGCCAGGGCAAGGCGCAGGUGACGCCGGUGAAAGCUCAGGUGUGCGACUGCGAAGGGCCGGCCAAAAACUGCGAGCGGCGAGCGUUCAUCGCCAGCGGCUUGGGCGUCCCCGCCAUCCUCAGCAUCCUGGGGGCCAUCCUGGCACUGCUGAUCCUGCUGCUGCUGCUGCUGCUCUUCGCCAGGCGGAGGAAGGUGGUGAAGGAGCCGCUGCUCCCGCCCGAGGACGACAUGCGGGACAACGUCUACCACUACGACGAGGAAGGCGGCGGCGAGGAGGACCAGGACUAUGACCUGAGCCAGCUGCACCGGGGCCUGGACGCCCGCCCAGAGGUGAUCCGCAACGACGUGGCCCCCCCGCUGAUGGCCGCCCCCCAGUACCGGCCCCGGCCCGCCAACCCCGAUGAGAUCGGAAACUUCAUCGAUGAGAACCUGAAAGCGGCCGACACGGACCCCACGGCCCCCCCCUACGACUCCCUGCUGGUGUUCGACUACGAGGGCAGCGGCUCGGAGGCCACCUCGCUCAGCUCCCUCAACUCCUCUGCCUCCGACCGCGACCAGGACUACGACUACCUCAACGACUGGGGCAGCCGCUUCAAGAAGCUGGCAGACCUCUACGGCGGUGGGGAGGAGGAUGACUAGGAUCCUCCCGUGGCUCCGGUCCGGCCGGCAGCCACCCAGCGCAGGCAGCUCACCUCAUUUCACCCAACUGGACUCACGUCAGUCUUUGCCCGGGGGGGUGGCCGAACCCCCCUCCAACACCCCCUCAACCUGAUAUCCACAUCCCCCAUGUUCAGUGCAGGGGAAGCUUGGGGUCACUGGGGCUGGGGGGGGGCGGUUUGGGGACCCUGUGUGUUUCCUGGCCCCCCUCGGCUCCAGGCGGGACAUGGAGCCAUUCGGUCCGUUCCCCGUCCUGGAGCCAAGGUGCUCUGGCUGCGCGGGCCAGGAUCAGCUCUUCUUCCCCGGCAGGGACAGGCCCCGCUGCCUCCCUCCCUUUGCCAUGGGGGGAAAAAGCGUUUCUCUGGCGCUCUCUGAAAUACCUCGUGCUCCCAGCUCCGACACAAGUGCCAACCUGCCGCCGCGCUCGGCUCGCAAACCUGGCGCCGGGGAAGCAGGGUGGCCCCAGCAAUGCGCCUCUGCUGGAGAGGGGCGAGGUGAUCGAUAAACGCAGACCAAAGAUGUGCCGUCACGUGCUAUACGUGAGGGAAUUAUAUUUGAUAAGAGUACAUACAGGCAGAUCUCUAUUUUUCUGUAUCCCAAAUUAUGAUAUGAUUUCCUUCUGUCGUGCCAGGUGUAAUUAUUGUGCAGUCAAUGAAAGGCGCUUUUGGAAAUCAAAUGGCUUUACUGAAAUUCUGAACAAUGUGUUUAGCUGUUGUCGUGGUUUGUAUUUUUUGUCAUGGGAAAAGGUUCUGAUGCCCUCUGGGAAGCCAGCAAUGGUCUAGUGUUAAUUGAUUCUAUGGUUUUUAUAUAAAAUUGAAAUAAUAAAUUCUUUUAAGAAAACCAAAA